GCCUCGCAGACCCAGGAAUCCAGGUUCAGCGUCACACUCGGCCCCGUCAGUCGGGUGCACCUGCGGUGCCUGCUGUAGAGCCUGACUGCUGCGGUCUUGUCGUGCCUGCCUGCUGGCGGCCAGUUCGCCUGCUGGAACCCUCCGCCCGGAGAUCCUACUCGUUAAAUGUACCCACUUCAAGCCCGGCUGCCUCGACGCCCACCUGUGACUUCUUGCAGGCAGCGCGGCGCAGCCAGGCUGGAUACUACUACCCGACGUCGGUGGUGCGCGACCUCCAUGCACUGGCCGUGAAGCUCCGGAACCAACGUCCCCUGCUUGCGUCUCAGCGCUUACCGCUGUGCCUGUCUAGGUAGCUACGCCUGAUACGGGGCACCCUUCUCGACUGUGCGUGGAAAGAGGGACCGCGCCGGCAUAUAUAUACGGGCACAUCUCGCCGCUCUGGCCUCUAGCCCUCUACGCCCGUUUUUCUUUUCCAUCUAGGUGCUGGCUUUGUCUCCCUGUCCCCCCAAUAUACCCCUCCACCCCAUCCUCAGGAUACUGAAUAUCCAACAUAUCAGUUACUCUUCCUUACGCUACCAUCAUCAAUACUCAUAGUCACUGGCUGGCUACAGCUCGGUCAAGGAGCAGUAAUACAUAAUCUCGUUCUAUCACCGGCGCCAUGGCUGGUAGCACCCACCACGACAGCCCUGGACUGUCCGGGAGGCUGCGCGACCUGUUGCACCACGUUUUCGGGAACCAGAAGAGCCCGACCGUGUACCCCAAUGCGCCCGGAAACAGCGCCAAGCCAGUGCCCACGGGCCUUGCCGACGACAUCGACAAGCUUGGCUUCAAGGACAUCGACACGCUGCUCGUCUUCCUGAACUCGGCCGUCAAAGGCGUCAACGACGACCAGAAGUUUCUCCUAGAGAGACUGAUCCAGCUCCUCGCGAAGCUGCCGCCCGCAUCCAGGGAGGGCAAGAAGCUGACAGACGGCCUUAUCAACGACCUCUGGGACAGUCUUGACCACCCCCCUGUGACCUCGCUGGGCAAUGGGUUCAGCUUCCGAGAGCCGGAUGGAUCCAACAACAACAUCCAUCUCCCGAGUCUCGGGGCGGCCAAUACGCCGUACGCGCGGUCGACGAAGCCGCUCGUGUUCCAGAACCCCAACCCUCCCGACCCGACCACCAUCUUCGACACGCUGAUGGUGCGGGAUCCGGCCAAGUUCAGGCCUCAUCCGAACAAAAUUUCCAGCAUGCUUUUCUACCUUGCUACCAUCAUCACCCACGACAUCUUUCAAACGUCACCUAGAGACUUCAACGUCAAUCUCACCUCCUCCUACCUAGAUCUCUCGCCGCUCUACGGCCGGAAUCACGAUGAGCAGAUGGCAGUCAGGACCGGCAAGGACGGCCUGCUCAAGCCAGACACCUUCAGCUCGAAGCGAGUUAUAGGCUUCCCGCCUGGCGUUGGCGCGUUUCUGAUCAUGUUCAACCGCUUCCACAACUAUGUGGUGACGCAGCUGGCAAAGAUCAACGAGGGUGGUCGUUUUAAGCGACCAACUAGGCCCGAUGACACUGCCGGCUGGGAGACGUACGACAACAGCCUCUUCCAGACGGGCCGGCUCAUCACCUGCGGGCUCUAUAUCAAUAUUGUUCUGGGCGACUAUGUCCGGACCAUCCUCAACCUCAACAGAGCCGACACAAGCUGGAACCUCGACCCUCGCACCAAGGAAGGCAAAAGCCUUCUGAGCAAGCCGACCCCCGAGGCUGUUGGAAACCAAGUCUCGGUCGAGUUCAACCUCAUUUACCGUUGGCAUUGUACCAUCUCAGAGCGCGACGACAAGUGGACGACGGAUGCGAUGCGGGAGGCCCUGGGCGGCCAGGACCCGGCGACGGCGAAGAUGGAGGACGUGAUGCGCGCGCUGGGCAUGUUCGAGAAAAACAUUCCGGACGAGCCCGAGAAGCGCACCCUGGCCGGCCUCACGCGCCAGUCGGACGGAGCCUUCGACGACACGGAGCUUGUCAAGAUUCUCCAGGAGUCGAUCGAGGACGUCGCCGGCGCGUUUGGCCCCAACCACGUCCCCGCAUGCAUGAGGGCCAUCGAGAUUCUCGGGAUAAAGCUGUCCCGGACGUGGAACGUGGCGACGCUGAACGAAUUCCGCCAAUUCAUCGGCCUCACUCCCCACGACACGUUUGAGCACAUGAAUCCCGACCCCAAGAUCUGCAAGAUCCUGGCACAGAUGUACGACUCGCCAGACGCUGUCGAACUGUAUCCCGGGAUUAUGGCAGAGGCGGCCAAACCCCCCAUCAGUCCCGGCAGCGGCCUCUGUCCGCCUUAUACCACCAGCCGCGCCAUCCUUUCGGAUGCUGUGGCUUUGGUUCGUGGGGACCGGUUCUACACGGUCGACUACACUCCUCGGAACAUCACCAACUGGGGCUUUAACGAGGCCAGUACCGAUAAGGCCGUUGACUGGGGUCAUGUUACCUACAAGCUGUUCUUCCGCGCUUUCCCCAACCACUUCUUGCCCAACAGCGUGUACGCCCACUUCCCCUUCGUGGUUCCCUCGGAGAACAAGCUCAUCCUCGAGGGUCUCGGCGCCGCGAAUAAGUACUCGUGGGAUCCCCCCAAGGCCAGGGCCCCCAUCCAGUUCAUCCGCUCGCACAAGGCCGUGCUCGAGGUGCUCUCGAACCAGAAGGACUACAAGGUGACGUGGGGCCCUGCGAUCAAGAUGCUGGGCGGCGAUCCGGCCGCCUCGUUCGCGCUGGCUGGUGACGAGCCGGCCAAUGCCGCGAGUAGGCAUCACGUCAUUACCGCUCUCACGGCGCCCAAGCAGUGGCGCGACGAGGUCCGGAGGUUCUACGAGGUGACGACGCGCGACCUGCUCCGGCGGCACGGCGCCCCCGUCCACGGCGUCGGCGCCGGGCCGCGCACCCACGAGGUGGACGUGAUACGCGACGUCAUCGGGCUCGCGCACGCGCGCUUCAUGGCCUCGCUCUUCUCUCUCCCGCUCAAGGAGGAGGGCAAAGAGGAGGGCGCCUACGGUGAGCACGAGCUCUACCGCUCGCUCGUCACCAUCUUCGCGGCCAUCUUUUGGGACUCGGACGUCUGUAACUCACUCAAGCUGCACCAGGCGUCCAAGGCGGCCGCAGACAAGAUGGGUGCGCUGAUCGCCGAGCACGUGCGCAAGAUGGAGGCCGGCACCGGCUUCCUGGGCGCGCUCGGGAAGCUAAAGGACCUGGUCACCGGCAACGGCGUCCACGCGAAUGGGAACGGCGUCCACGCGAAUGGAAACGGCGUCCACACGAAUGGAAACGGCGUCCACACGAAUGGAAACGGCGUCCAUAUGAAUGGAAACGGCGUGCCGCACGCGGCUCCCAGCCUGAGGAGCUUUGGCGACCAGCUGCUCCAGCGCAUGUUGAGCCAGGGCGGGAGGUCUAUCGAGGAGACGGUCAGCGGCACCAUCCUUCCCGUCGUUAUGGCCGGGACCGCCAACCAGACGCAGCUGCUAGCGCAGUGUCUUGAUUACUACCUCGGCGUUGGCGAGAAGCAUCUUCCGGAGAUGAAGCGGCUGGCUAUGCUGAACACGAGCGAGGCCGACGAGAAGCUGCUCAAGUACACCAUGGAGGGCUGCCGAAUCCGCGGCUGCGUGGCCCUGUACCGCGCCGUGGCCACGGACCAGGCGGUCGACGACACCAUCCCCUGUAUCCCCAACAAGGACGACCCGACCUUUGCGCGCCCUCUCUCCAACCCGCAAGUCGCCGAAUCGGCCCGCACGCUCAAGCUCCCGACGGGCACGCGCGUGCUCGUGGACCUGACGACGGCGUCGCACGACCCGGCGGCGUUCCCAGACCCGGAGGAGGUGCGGCUAGAUCGCCCGCUCGAGUCGUACGUGCACUUUGGGCUCGGCCCGCAUAGGUGCGCGGGCGAGCCCAUCUCGCAGAUCGCCCUGUCGUCGGUCAUGAAGGUGCUGCUGCAGCUCGACGGCCUCCGGCGCGUCGCCGGCCCCCGCGGCGAUAUCAGGAGCUACCCGGCCUCGCAGUGGCCCGGCCAGGCGGGCAGGCCGCCCCGCGACCCGGCCUGGUCGGGCCUGCGCACCUUCACGUCGGCGGACCAGAGCGCCUUCUCGCCGCUGGCCACGACUAUGAAGAUCAACUGGGAGGGGCGAGGGGAUUGGUGAUCUGCCUAGGUGGCUUCUCGUGUCCUUGUAGGAACUCGUGUCUGGAGGUAUAAAAUGGGGCUUUCAUGAUUGGGAUAGGCUAGGGAGUUGGUGAAAAUCGGUACUGAAUAGCUACGUUCUCCCUUGGUAGGCUUCCUAUAAAAUAUAGUUUUGGUUAGUGAUACAACUCUGUUUUCCGA